AUGUACAGACGGUAUGGUAGCAGGAGGGGGUGUUUACCAGUUUGCCAGCCAAGCACCAGUUGCACUUGUCGUCCCCAAAGGAGACCUUUUAGCGAUCCAAGCCUGGAAAAUGUUGAAAAAUCAAAGAGACAUGGAGGCAAUCAAGGCAACUUUUGCUGGGCAAUUGGACCAGGAGUCGGAGUUGUUGCUUCUACAGUCGGUCGCCUGAGCACUGCUGACUUUAGACUUGGGCUUAGACCUGAAUGGGGUGUAUACGUACAGACGUACAGACGGCACGGUCGCAGGAGGGGGUGUUUACCAGCUUGCCAGCCAAGCACCAGUUGCACUUGUCGUCCCCAAAGGAGACCUUUUAGCGAUCCAAGCCCGGAAAAUGUUGAAAAAUCGAAGAGACAUGGAGGCAAUCAAGGCAACUUUUGCUGGGCAAUUGGACCAGGAGUCGGAGUUGUUGCUUCUACAGUCGGUCGCCUGAGCACUGCUGACUUUAGACUUGGGCUUAGACCUGAAUGGGGUGUAUACGUACAGACGUACAGACGGCACGGUCGCAGGAGGGGGUGUUUACCAGCUUGCCAGCCAAGCACCAGUUGCACUUGUCGUCCCCAAAGGAGACCUUUUAGUCCAUAG